CUUCAAUCUUUAACCACGCUCACAUCACAUCACACAACUCACGAUGGAUCCAUAUUCAGCAGAAGGCGAGUUGCUCAACCUGCACAACUUCUUCCACCAAGGCCAAUUCCAAGAAGCCAUCGACUUCGACACCGCUGGCCUCUGCGAAGAGAACAAGCUCCCCGCCCGCAUCAUCUCCCUCCGCGCCCAGAUCGCCCUCGGACAGGCUGAGGAUGUCGUCGCAGAUGUGCAGGGCGAGCAGGAAGUCGAGUUGGUGGCUGUAGGAGCGCUGGCGGAUCUCAAGGCUGGAAAUGAGAGCAAGGCUGUGAAGACGGCCGAGAAGCUGGCGAGCGAGGCUGGGGAUAAUUCUACGGUCCAGGUUCUGGCUGGGACGGUUCUGCAGGCUGCUGGGAAGAGUGAAGAGGCUUUGGCACUGCUCUCUCAACAUCAGGGGAAUCUUGAAGCUGUUGCCCUUAUCGUUCAGAUCCGCCUGGAGCAGAAUCGCACCGAUUUAGCUAUCAAAGAAGUCGCGACUGCCAGAAAAUGGGCUCAAGAUAGUUUACUUGUCAACCUUGCAGAGUCGUGGCUUGGCUUACGAGUGGGCGGAGAGAAGUACCAACAAGCCUUUUAUGUCUUCGAGGAACUCGCACAAGCUCCAUCGACAUCUGCGAAUCAAAGUCUGAUAUCACAAGCUGUUGCGGAGAUCCACCUGGGUCGAUUAGAAGAGGCAGAGGCAGCACUCAAGCAGGCUUUGGCGAAGGACCCUAAGGACAUAGAGGCAAUUGCCAACAGUAUUGUUCUCGAAAUCAUUGCUGGCAAGGAUCCAAAGCAAUUGAAGGCGUAUGUCUCAUACUGGAUUCUUCUUAGAGAGAAGCUAACAGAUCAUUUUAGUGAUCUUCAAAACACUGCUCCAAACCACCAUUUCCUCCAAGAUCUCGAAGAAAAGUCCUCGUUGUUCGAUAAGGCGGCUACAAAAUACUCGGCAAAAGUGGCAGCAGCAUAA